AUGAGUUUUGAUUUUGCUCUAAAAAGUAAGGGAUUUAUUUUGUCUUCGAUUAUAUACAAGUUUUUAUAUAGAACCAUGAAACCUGAAAAUUUAAAAAUAAUUGUCUUUGAUUUAGACUACACCCUUUGGCCCUUUUGGGUAGAUACCCAUGUUACUCCACCCUUUAAAAAGAUAAACAAUGACAUAGUAGAUACAUACAAUUCCAAAAUCAAAUGUUACCCUGAAGUACCAGAAGUCUUAAAAAACUUAAAAGAGGAAGGCUAUGAAAUAGGGGUAGCGUCUAGAACGUCGGAAAUUAAAGGGGCGCAGCAACUUAUUGAACUUUUUGGGUGGGCAAGUUAUUUCACUUACAAGGAAAUAUUUCCGGGAAGCAAAGUAACUCAUUUUAAUAAUAUAAAAAAGCAGUCAAACAGGCACUUUGACGAAAUGCUAUUCUUUGACGACGAGAGUCGCAACAUUUAUGACAUUAACAGGCUGGGAGUGGUUUCGGUUUUAGUUAAAAACGGCGUUACUAAAGAAGUUAUUGAGGAGGGAUUGCAGAAGUACAUUGAGGAACGGAAAUAG